AUGUCAACCGAAGAUAACAAGCCUGAGGCCACUUAUGAGGCAGGGUGCCACUGUGGUUACAUUGGCCUGUCUGUAACUCUAUCUCCUCCUCUACCUGAGCAUGAGGUUAUAAGUUGCAAUUGCUCUAUCUGCCGUCGAGGAGGUUAUCUUCUUGUUUACACAUCACACGAGAAAGUGACAUGGCACAACGGCUCAGACAAGCGUGUCGGUCGAUACAUGUUCAACACCAAAACUCGCGACCACAUGUUCUGUCCCAAGUGCGGCGCCAGCAUAGGUAUAGACUAUGAGAAGAAACGGCCCGAGAACCCAUUAUAUGGUAUCAGUGUGCGACAGUUUAAUAACAUUGAUCUGGACUCGCUCCGUUAUAAGAAGUUUGAUGACAUGCAUAAGAUGGAACCGGCUGUUGAUUUAUCGGGUGAGGAGAUUGACUCCAAGACAGGCGAGGCAUCCUUCUAG